AUGAAUCCAUUAUAUAAGGCAAAAUCAAGCAAUACAGAAGGAUCAGAAUCAGAAUCUACGACUUCGUUAUUAUCACAUCAAUCAUAUUUGCAUUCUGAAAAAUCUAUUGAUAGUGGUUAUAAAAGUAAUACCGAAGAAGAAAAUGAAUUUCAAGAGAAUAUCCUCAAAAGGGUAAAUUUCCAUAAAAUUGCUACGGAAAUGUUAGAUACGAUGAAAUAA